AUGAGGCUUGCAUGCUUGACUGCAUUCCUGGGGUCGUUGAGCUUGGUGCAUUCAGCUACCAAUGCUGAAUGGGGCAACAGCAUCAACAUGGCAGGAAUGCAGCGAACAUUGAGUCAGAGGAUGUCGAAAGAGUUCCUUCUGGUCUCCCUUGGCAUUGACACCGCCACCAACAAGGUGAAGUUGCAGCAGAGCGUGCGUGACUUCAACAACACCUUGCAUGCCUUGAUCACGGGAGACGCCGUUCAAGGCAUUGUUGCAGCACCCAAUGCCCAAGUUGCGGAGAAUCUUCAGGAGGUGCUGCGCCUUUGGGUGCCCUUCGAGACCCUGCUCACCAGCAGUGUGGAUUCUGUUCGCUCAGCGGACGGCUCGAUCAACAUUCCCGUCCUCGAGGCCGUAUCCUCGCAAAAUGCUCCGCUGCUCGAUGCUUCCAAUGUGGUUGUUGGUGGGCUGGUGGAUGCCGCCAAGGUGGCUGGAGCAUCUACCAAUGGUUUGGUCCAAGACAUUGCUGGGCGACAGCGGACGUACAUCCAGAGCCUGUGCCUGAAAGCCCUCCUCAUCAGCCAGGGGGUCUCAUUGUCCUCGAACAAGGCUUCGCUGAAAGAGACGAAGCUUCUCUUCGAAGACUCACAUACUGGCAUCAUUGAAGGUGUGCCCUUCGCCGGCGUACCAGUGCUCACCAACAUGUGCACGCUCCAUCAGAUGUCCGAGGUCACCUACUACUACUCGAGUUUCCGACCACUUGUGAAUGAAAUCCUGAACGCUCACACGGUCCAGUCCAGUCAGGAGACGGCUUUGCGCCUCGCACCGAACAUCGCUAACCUCACCGAGCCCUUAUUCGACUCCAUGGUUUUGGCGGUGAAGUUCUUCAACAACAAGUCCAUGACCUGCGAUCCGAUGUCUUCCAUGUCAGAUGAGGACUGGCGCUCCUUCAUCGACACCUUGGGAAAGCUAAGACUCGAGACGCAGCAGGUGUCGCAGUACUUCAUGCAGGUCGCCCUUGGGUCCAAUGUGCAUACCAGCAAGGUAGAGAUCACGGUGAUGAUUUCGACGGCCUUGCAGCAGGUACGCAGCCUCCUCGAGGGACGAAAGGCAGAGGGGAUCCCUGCCCCGCCAACACAGGGCGUGGUGGAUCAGAUGUUGAUCGCAGCCGACACAUGGAGUGUGCUUGAGACAGAGUUGACACAGGCGGUUCGUGCCGAGGCCGUCACUGCGAUCAUGGUAGACCGGGUUGCACUGCUCAGUGCUGACGUCCUCGACCAGCUCUCGACGGUCAUGGAGAUGACAGUGCAGGAAGCCUGGGUGGCCAGCCCAGCCACGCCCGCCUACCUGAUGGAUCUCACAAGCAAACAGGCGAUGCGCUUGUUCAAGAUGUCCAAGGAGGCGAGCCUGGCGCAUUAUGGAGUACAGGUUGAUGUGAAUUGGAGGGCCCUGAAUGCAACGCGUGAUGCGUUCCUGGCAGCACACAGGAAGCUUUUGCUGGGAGCUCCUGCUCAGAAUGCCACCCCAGCUUUGCAGCAGCUCUCCCAGCUGUGCAUCAUUCGGCGCAUGCGUGAGGUCGACGACUUCUACCAGCAACUCCAGGAAUCUGCUCUUGCCGUCGCUCAUGGCAGCUUCGAGGCUAUGUCAGAGCUGAGCCAAUUUGACGAGCAUGCCCUCGACGCCAUGUCCGCUGCUUCCAAGGUGCUGGUGUCCGGAGCGUGCGAGAACAGGACGACGGAGGAGGUGGCACCGCUGUUGGCUUGGCUGGAGCUGCAUCAGGAGGCCGCAGACUUGUCGCGCCUCAGCCAGGAUGCCACCGCUGCUUUCGUCAUCGCCCAGGAGGAAGGUGGUGGCAGCUUCACUUCGCUCAGCGCUGCGGCCGAAGAUGUGAAGGCAUCCUUCCACCGGCUUAUGUUCGGGUCUUGGCAACCGCAUGUGGCAGCACCGCCCACGCAAGCGCUCUUGGAGCAUGUGAUGUCCACAGUCGAACCUGCAGUGGAAAGGUUCACGCAGGCUUUGUCGGGAACGGACGUGCUCAAUGUCGAAGCUGCAGGUGCGAGCUUGCUCGGCGUAGCGGAGGUGCUCCAGGCUAAGUAUCUCGAAGGCGCUCGGGACUCUGAUCCGAUGUGGCCCGGCGCCAGGGUGGAUGUACUGAUGUCCCAAGCAGCCCUUGCAAGUAGAGUUCACAAAGAAGCUUUAUUGCACGUCUACGGCUUCAGGAAGUCGGAUGCCGAAUUGUCAUCUGCCAUUAGCGAGUUUGAGACGUCCCAUCAACAUCUUAAAGAUGGUGGGGGAGGUUUGGAGCCAGUGAUCGCAGAGCGCAAAGACAUCCUGGCGCAGUGGGAGCAGAUAAACCAGGCAUGGGUGUCUUUGAAGAGCCAGGCGCUUUCCGUCACCAGUGAAGACACUUGGAGGGUUGAGGAUGCCAUGACGCAGGUGAUCUCGCAAAUCCAAGUCGCCAUCCCACUCUAUGGCAUGGAGGAUGUUGAAGCACCUGAGUCUUUCCCCUGGACAUCUGCCAUCUACAUAAGUGUAGCAGCUUGCCUGGUAUGUUGCUGCUGUACCAUCGCCUACUGCCAGUGGGCCAAAGACCGUAGCCGGGACCAGUCCUCCGACAAGGAGAAGCAAGGCGGUAAGAGAGGGACUCUCUCGGACGAGGUUUGA